AUCACUAUCAUCAUCAACAUCGUCACAUGCCCCUUCACAGUUCUGCUGAACGUGCUAAUGAUAAUAGCCCUGAAAACGAGACCUUCAGUCCGAACCAACAGCAACAUCCUACUGGCCUGUCUAGCCGUGACUGUGUGCUUGGCCAGCCAUCGUAUAUCCUGUGGAAGGUAUUCCAAUUAUUAGGUCUUUGUAGCAGCAAAAAGUUUUCAUAUUUUUACUUUGACUUUAUGAUUGUAUUCUCCACUGCUUCAUCCGUUCAUCUGAGGUUGAUUACUUUCCAAAGGCUCAUAGCGAUCAAAUUUACUAUGCAAUACUCAAACAAAAUAGCUAAUAACAACCUAAAGGUAGCAGUGGCAGCAAUUUGGGUCAAUGCAUUC